AUGCUCAAUGUCAUGGACAGGAAUGAGGUUUCACCGGCGUCUGCUGCCACCAUGAAAAAGAAGGCGGUGGGCGGCAGCGGACGCAGCCACAUCGGCGCACAAAAGGCUGCCGCGUCCAAAUGCACGAGAAGCAACAGCAGCCAGAACUGCCUGGACUCUGGUUCUCCCGGCACACCGAGCGGUAAGCAGCCCGGUGCGGCCUGCAACGUCGUGAUGGACGAGACGGAGGACGGAGAAGAGGAGUCUAAGUUUCAGCAUCCGCGGUUGCGCCGAGCCGGGGGGAGCGGCAGCGGCGGAGGUGGAGGAGGAGGCGGCAGUAUCAGGAUGAAGAACUUUACGCCAGGAGGGGGAGCCGCGUCCUCGGGUUCCAGGAGAAACUCUAACAAGGAUCCCUGCCACACGCUCACAGAAGACGCUCCAGCCGCUCCACGGCCCACUGCUUCCUCCAGAGCUACCGAGACCCAGACACCCUGUCCGGGCGAUGCUGCCCAGCGCGGCGAGACCAGCAGAGCAUCUGGGGCGGAGGCGUCGGAAUCAGCGGUCGCGGUAGAGGUUUUAAACGCGACAGCGGGUGAUGGUUGCAAAAGCGUCGCUCCAAUUUCCAGCAUGAAAUGCAACAAAAACGGAGAAUGCAGGAGGGACUCGGGUACCGGGAGCCUGCGCUCAAUCAUCUCCAAGCAGGAGAAGCAGACAGGAGGGUCGGGGAGGGCCGAGGACGGAGGGAGCGCCAAGCGAGGUGCCUGUAACUCGACCACCGCCAGCAUGGACGGCUCGAUCACACCAGGCGGGUCCCUGACCGGGGGGCAAGGAGGAGAGAGCGCAAACCCAGGCGCUACCCCCGUGUCCAGUGGUGUCCCCGAGAAAAAGGACUCCAAGGUGUCCUUCUCCAACGCACCGAGCCGGAAAGCCUCGUCCUCGCUGCACGGCCCGACUCAGACUCAGACCCAGCAGCCCAGGAACUCUGUCACUUUCCAGAAGCCGGAGGAUGGACCGCCAAUUGUGCCCGCCGAGGAUGCGGAGCCUCGGGGCAGCCAAGCCAGCUUCAUGCAGCGGCAGUUUAGUAGUAUGCUGCAGCCUGGAGUUAACAAAUUCUCUUUACGCAUGUAUGGUAGUCAAAAAGCAGUGGAGAGAGAGCAGGAGAGGGUAAAAUCAGCUGGAAAUUGGAUUAUCCACCCUUACAGCGAUUUCAGGUUCUACUGGGAUUUCACAAUGCUGCUGUUUAUGGUGGGCAACCUGAUCAUCAUCCCCGUGGGCAUCACCUUCUUCAAGGACGAGACCACGACGCCCUGGAUCAUCUUCAACGUGGUCUCCGACACCUUCUUCCUCAUGGAUCUGGUGCUUAACUUUCGCACUGGAAUCAUCAUUGAGGACAACUCGGACAUCAUUUUGGACCCUAAAACCAUUAAGAAGAAGUACUUAAAAACAUGGUUCAUUGUUGACUUUAUCUCCUCCAUCCCAGUGGAUUACAUAUUCCUCAUAGUGGAGAAAGGGAUCGACUCGGAGGUUUACAAGACGGCCCGGGCCCUGAGGAUCGUCCGCUUCACCAAGAUCCUAAGUCUCCUGAGGCUGCUGAGGCUCUCCAGAUUAAUACGCUACAUUCACCAAUGGGAAGAGAUCUUCCAUAUGACCUACGACCUGGCCAGUGCGGUGAUGCGGAUCUUUAACCUGAUAGGUAUGAUGCUGCUGCUGUGUCAUUGGGACGGCUGCCUACAGUUCCUGGUUCCCAUGCUGCAGGACUUCCCCUCAGAUUGCUGGGUGUCCCUCAACAAGAUGGAGAAUGACACCUGGUCAGAGCUCUACUCGUUUGCCGUAUUCAAGGCAAUGAGCCACAUGCUGUGCAUCGGUUAUGGCCGGCAAGCCCCGGAGAGUCUAUCUGAUAUCUGGCUCACCAUGCUGAGUAUGAUUGUAGGAGCUACUUGCUAUGCUGUUUUCAUUGGCCAUGCGACAGCUCUCAUCCAGUCCCUGGACUCCUCUAGACGGCAGUAUCAGGAAAAGUACAAACAAGUGGAGCAGUAUAUGUCCUUCCACAAGCUGCCUGCCGACUUCCGACAGAAAAUCCAUGACUACUAUGAGCACAGAUACCAGGGCAAGAUGUUUGAUGAGGAGAGCAUUUUGGGAGAACUCAGCGAGCCCCUCAGAGAGGAAAUUGUAAACUUCAACUGCCGCAAGCUGGUUGCAUCUAUGCCGCUGUUUGCCAACGCAGAACCGAACUUUGUUACGGCCAUGUUGACUAAGCUGCGGUUUGAGGUAUUCCAGCCACAUGAUUACAUCAUAAGGGAAGGAACCAUUGGGAAGAAAAUGUACUUCAUUCAGCACGGCGUCUGCAGCGUCAUCACUAAGGGAACUCUGGCGAUGAAACUUUCUGAUGGCUCUUAUUUUGGAGAGAUCUGUUUAUUGACGAGGGGUCGGCGAACAGCCAGUGUGCGAGCAGAGACUUACUGUCGACUCUACUCUUUAUCUGUUGACCACUUUAAUGAGGUGCUGGAAGAAUAUCCAAUGAUGAGACGCGCCUUCGAGACUGUUGCCAUCGAUCGUCUUGACCGCAUAGGUAAAAAGAACUCCAUCCUGAUGCACAAGGUUCAGCACGAUCUCAACUCGGGUGUCUUCAACAACCAGGAGAACGAGAUGAUCCAAGAGAUUGUCAAGUAUGACCGUGAGAUGGUGAAGCUGGUGGACCUGCAGCGACCACGGGCCAUGUCUAUGACCCCCUCCAUCGGCGGUAUCUUUGCCCCCCCUGGUCAGCCGCAGUCAGGCUCCGCUAUUGCCACUCUCCAGCAGGCUGUGGCGAUGAGCUUUUGUCCCCAAAUGGCAAGUCCCCUGGUGGGUCCAGGAACUCUGCAGUCUCCCCGUAUGGUCCGAAGGUUCCAAGUGAUGCAGAACCUGGCCAGCCCAGUCUCCAUGUCUCCGCUUCAGUCUCAACCCCCCCAGACGUUCGGAGGGGCGUUUGGAUCUGCAAUCUCCAGCCCGCCUGUCCAAAGCCCUCUCGCAGCUUCAGGACGGACUUUCCAGUACAUGACGAGCGCAGGACCCUCUGGUUCCCAGUUGUCCCUAGUACAGCACCAUGCACCCAGCCCCACACAGACCCAGCAGAGGCCUGCCUCACACAAGAGCACCCACUCCCUUCAUGCAGGUAGCUUGAGCCAGGAUACCCGGGCCCUGUCUGCCUCCCAGCUUUCACUCCCCCAGGAGGGAACACAACAAGCUGCCUCUGCAGCCCCCAGCCCUCCACAAUCCACCCGCACCUCCAACAACUCCAUUGGUCCCGCUCAGGCUACUCACCCCAGCCUGCCAGGGCCCUCAGGGGUGGGGAGAUCAGCGGGAGCUCAACAGAGGGUGGCCUUUGCCUCCACACCCCCUCCCGGUGGACCUGCUGGAAUGGGGGCAGUAGCAGCAGCUGCUGGAUCAGGACCUCCAGACUCUGGAGUUCCCAAGAAAGAUUCAAUUGUCAGCCUUCCAGAGCUAGACUCUGCCAGAUCCCGGCUGUCUUCCAACUUGUGA